AUGCCGUUUCUGUACAUUCUUCGCUUUCAGUGCUCAGAUAUUAAUACGCGACUUAGAACAGAGAACUUCUCCCACCAAUUUGGUCUUCCCAGGAAAUCAGGCACAAGCUACACUAAUUCAAUCUCCAGCAUAUCAAGUGGAAAACGUCGGCCACGUCAGAAAUCGCGAGGAUUGAGUCAUUACCAUAUCAAUUCCCCCAGCAUUGCUAGUACAAUUGAAACUCCAAAUGUGCAAAUUGAAAGCUCGCCAGCGAAAUCCCUCACCAAAGAAGAAACCAAAUCGAAUGACGAUGAAUUAGACUAUAAAUUAUCUCCAGCUUUAACUGACACCCUAAAUCCGCCUUUGUCCACUCCCCAACACUUUUUUCCGGUAUCUACAACUACUGAGGUUGAUGAUCUUUUGGAAAAUAACCCUCCCCGACCUUCAAGGCUUAUGAGUCGAAGAGAAAGUCUUGCUAGUACCCGAAGUUAUUACGACUCUUAUAUUCCCAAUCUUAGUGCAGAAUACAGCAGAAGUCCUCAGCCAACAUCGACUAGCGAUCCAACUAAUCUAAGGACAUGGACAAAGGCCCGAGAUUUCAAACCCACCCAGAUACCGCCAGAGAGAUUUAGAAGAUGCUCUGCCAUGCUAAAUGGUGUUAAAAGUGAUUUUUCGGCAGAGCAAAUAUCUCUCCUUUAA